AUGAAUCAUACAUUCACCAACAUCACCCAUAUUGAUGAUGAUUGGCUUUUGGAUUGUGAUCAAAGUCAAUCAUUGUUGGACCAAGCAUGGGUUCGAUAUCCCACAAUGGCUAUCUACAUCAGCGUCUUCAUUAUUUGCUUAUUAGGCAACUUAUUUACUAUCAUUGUCAUACUUGCUCACCCCUUGAUGCUAACUUCAACUAACUUUUUCCUAUGCAAUUUGGCUGUUGCUGACCUGUUGGUAGCGGUAUUCUGCAUUUUACAGAAUAUGAUACACAUUGUCGGCUUUGAUCACGCGAACUGGCCAUUAGGAGAGACAAUGUGCAAGAUGUACGUUCUGGUCCUCCAUCUCGUACCAUGCACAAGUGUGGGCAUUCUCGUGUGUGUUUCUAUCGAAAAGUAUAUAGCCGUUCUGCAUCCUCUAACAGCCUUGAAAAUCCUAACACAACGACUCCGAAUCAUGGUGACCAUUGGCAUUUGGAUCAUAAGUUUACUGACAAAUCUUGUCUAUUUCUUUUCGACGAAAGAGUUCAAGUUCGGGGAUAAGAGAGCUUGUUCUCGUACGGAUGAAAUGCCAUUAUGGGUAACCAUUUCAUUUGUUAUUUGGUACGUAAUCCCAUUAUUGGUACUUGCAUUCAUUUAUUCCAAAAUUGGUUUUCUACUAUGGACUACAGGGGGAUCUUCAUUGAGAACUAAUCGCCAGAGUAGUGCUGAUUCACAAGGCAGCGCCGGUGCGUCGUGGAACAUGGGUAACGGUCGAGUGAUUGUUUAUAAGCAGGAAAGUCUUUUACAAGUACCAGAUGAGAAGCCAGUCCGAAGAAGACAGCGCCAAUUCAUGGAAGGUCGGAGAAAGGUUAUCCGAUUGCUGUUCUUCGUCGUUCUCUCAUUUGCGGUCUUGACUCUUCCACACCAUGCACGGCUUCUAGAAGCGAUGUGGUAUCCGGCACCCACUUGUAAUUCUGAUUAUGCAAUUCUCCUGCAACCGCUCAGUUAUAUUUGCUUAUUUGUAUCCAGUGCUAUUAAUCCAAUUCUUUAUGCAUUCUUAUCCCGAAGAUUUAGAGAAGCUGUCAGUGAAAUUCUUUACUGCCGAAGAGGUCUAUUUACAAGAAUCAGCAGGUCUCGAACUCGGACAUUGGUUUCUGAUGUACCGGACGAGUCUCGAUCUCCUUCACCUAACCCACGAAACAAUACGUUUCGCUUAAACCGUCUACGUUAA